CAUCUAUUAUGUAUCUCUUUCUCAUCGAAUUUUGAUUUCUAUAUUCCUGAUUUAUGUGGUCGAAGCACCACUACACCAGGUGGCAAAUUGUCUCGUUCGCAGCCUUCAUUCCUGCCUGCUCGCUUCCACACACGCCUUGCAUUCUGAACGGUUGCCCUUCCUUCAGUCGAACCCCGCUCCCGCUUAGAUAGAACAGGAGCCCUGCCAGAACUAGAACAGGUACAAGGGCGCCAAUUUUCUCGCUUAUACAGACCUUGACUGCCGCAAAUCCAGUCUUAUACGCCCUAUAGAUAUAGAUGAGUAAAAGGGAGCACCCUGCUUUUUUUUUGUCGUCCAUAGGAAGAGAGGGGUCAGCGAGCAGGUGUUCCCCAUCUUUGCCAAAGGCAAACAGCCCCCAUGUUAUUCAGCGUGGGGAGCCUGCAUGACAAGAGCAGGCAGCAGGCAUGGUGCAUGGGACCAACCACUUCUUUUUCUCGCCACGCCAGCCACUUCAUUCAAUCAUAUGUUCUAUUCCGGGACAAGGAAAUACAAAACCUUAUUCUUUCUAGUUCAAUUGGGGACUUUCUGACUUUCUUUCAACAAAGGCCGGCUUAUUACGCCGCUUACUUACCUAACGUAUACGCUUCGCUACGCUUACUCACUUUCUUUCAAGACAAAGAGGAUAGCGCGCUUCUUACACUACCACUUCUAAGAGACCACUCUUCUACUUUGAAAGCGCAACAGCUAACCGGUUGCUUGGUACCAAGUGGUUGGUUGGCUAAGAAUAAGAAGCAAAAAGCAACUAAGCUUUAGAUUUGCUUUAGCUGCCGCUUUCUUUCAUAACAGAGCCGGGAAUAACGGCUGGCAUAGAAGUCUCUCGCACGCAAGGAGAUGCUGCUGCUGGAUGUCACGGUUCUGGGGCGCCAUGAUCCUUCUCUCUGGAACAAUCGAGGGCACUGACUGACUGCAUCAAUCAUCGCUCAGUGAGCUAUUUAUUGCCGCCAAUAGCGCUUCGCUUGCAUGCAAGGCGGCACGCCAGCGCCAGGUAGAGCUAUCGCGCUAGGCGAAGGAGAUGCAUUUCUGGUACUGGUGGUACUGGACAAGCUCUCAGGGAAUAAUCUCUUUCUUAUUUCUGCCUUUCUUUCCCAUGACGACUAGGAACAGGCAAAUCAAAAAUUUCACUUCGAAUUCCGGACCUCAACAUCCUGCUGCUCAUGGUGUUUCACGAUCAGUAUUGGAAAUGAACGGAGAAGUGGUGGAACGUGCGGAACCACAUAUUGGAUCACUCCAUAGAGGGACUGAGAAAUUAAUAGAGUACAAAACUUAUCUUCAAGCUUUACCUUAUUCUGAUCGUUCAGACUAUGUUUCUACGAUGGCCCAAGAACACGCUCAUUCUUCAGCCGUAGAGAGACUUUUGAAUUGCGAGGUACCAUUACGAGCUCAAUAUAUACGAGUGUUAUUCCGUGAAAUAACUCGAAUUUCAAAUCAUUCACUUGCUUCAACUACUCAUGCUAUGGAUGUGGGAGCAUCAACUCCGUCCCUGUGGGCUUCUGAGGAGCGGGAGAAAUUGUUGGAAUUCCAUGAAAGAGUCCCGGGAGCCAGGAUGCAUGCCAGUUUCAUACGACCAGGUGGAGUGGCACAAGAUCUGCCUCUUGGCUCAUGUCGAGAUAUUGAUUCCUCCACACAACAAUUUGCUUCUCGUAUCGACGAAUCAGAAGAGAUGUCAACCGGCAACCGUAUCUGGAAACAACGAUUAGUGGAUAUUGGUACUGUCACUGCACAGCAAGCAAAGGAUUGGGGAUUCAGUGGUGUAAUGUUAAGAGGUCCAGGGGUAUGCUGGGAUUCGCGAAGAGCAGCACCUUACGAUGUUCAUGACCAAUCGGAUCCUGACGUACCAGUAGGUACCAGAGGAGAUCGCUAUGAUCGUUACUGUAUCCGUAUCGAAGAGAUGCGACAAAGUGUUCGGAUCAUUGUGCAAUGUCCUAAUCAAAUGCCUAGUGGCAUGAUCAAAGCCGAUGAUCGUAAGCUAUGUCCUCCAUCACGAUCUCGAAUGAAACUAUCCAUGGAAUCCUCAAUUCACCAUUUCGAACCUUAUACAGAAGGUUUUUCCGUACCAGCUCCUUCUACCUAUACCGCAGUUGAAGCACCUAAAGGAGAAUUUGGUGUCUUUCUGGUCAGUAAUGGAAGCAAUCGUCCCUACCGUCGUAAAAUAAGAGCACCUGGCUCUGCCCAUUCACAAGGACUCGAUUCUAUGUCCAAACAUCACAUGCCAGCAGAUGUGGUCACCAUCAUAGGUACUCAAGAUAUUGUGUCUGGAGAGGUAGAUAGAUAGGACUACUAGUUGCUCGAUCAGGACCCUAGCUUUAUUGCGAGCAAAAAAAAAGACUUUUGUCACGCAAGAGGUCUGGUUCCGCGAACGCGGGGGAAUGAAGACACAGCCGAGCCAAGGAUGUGACUCUCAACAUCGAGACCGUGUUGGCUGGUGCCGAGGAAGACGGGAAUUGACUCGCUUUCCCGCUUGGAAAAAAAAAGACGUGAAAGAGAAGUAGUGGAGGGGGUGUCUCAUGAAAUCCUGUCCUCCCCUUCUGCUGGUGAAUGAUCUAAAUUUACUGCAACAACUCGAAAAGGAAGGGAUGUUCGCUCUGGAAUUGCUCUACUGAAAUAGAAUAGGCUCUGGCUUUCAAACUUGAAUGAACUCUGCUCCUACUCCCAUCUAUUUCUAUUAUGCCUACGCAUGGACUCCUAUGACGCUACCUACCUCGUUGGUCUACCUUCGCGCACUCUAUGUUCCUAUACCUCCUACGCGCUUUCGAUCUUCUUUCUACAUUUGAUCGAGCUCGUUCCUCAGAUCCAGAUACAGAUCUGAAACCUUCGAAGAGAUUGAAGUUUAUCCCGUUUAAGAAGCAAGAGCAAAGCUAAGACCAGUACAAAGCCAAGCACAAACAGCUAGAGCAUAGCCUGCAUUAGAGAAAGCGAAGGUAGGGGUAGCGGCAAGGGCGAGGGCGUCUGGUACCAGUGUUGCGCUUUCGUUAUCAAGAUGGUAAACCCGACACAUCAAUUGUACCCUACAGGUCGUACCUAUAACGGACCGAACACUGCCGUUACGUAGUGAUACGGCCCUGAUGGUGGGGGGUGCUUCGAUCGUUCCACUGGCGUCGCGAAUCAAAUUCAAUGAAUACGAGCGCUCUGGAAUUCCACCGAUCCUAAUUCAUCCUUCGAUACCUCUUUUCUCUCUCCAAUUCCGAAAGACUUGUCGUUUAGAAGCUGACUAGUCGACCCAGUAGCGGGGGAGAGGGACGUUCUUGUCGUCCCGGAAGGAGAGGAACUGCUUUAGGGUAAGGUCCCCGGCUUGAUGCACCGCAAGCGCCCCUUCUUCCGGAGGAAGGGGGCAGCUGCAGGAAGGGUGGGUUUCCCAAUGGGGCCUUCCAAGAAUGGCCUUUCCAGGGUGGGCCCCCCUCUGUCAAUUGGGCGUCUCCACUACAACUAAAGUGGGACCAGCUUCGGAUUGGUAGUCUGGGUAGUAGUACCAGUAGGCCCCUCCGAUGAUGAAGUGCUCUCAGCCGGGGGGCUUGCCCGUGGCCCGAAGGCACCGCCGGCAGGU